UGCACCAACCGGGGGCUGCGGGUGGUGCCAAAGGCUGCUGACCCCCAGGGCAUCCUGACCUACAGCCUAGGGGGCAACUUCAUCGCCAACAUCUCCGCCUUCGACUUCCACCGCCUGGCAGUGCUGCAGCGCCUGGACCUGCAGUACAACCGCAUCCGCUGGCUGCACCCCAAAGCCUUUGAGCGCCUGGUGCUGCUGGAGGAGCUCUACCUGGGCAACAACCGGCUGGUGGCACUGGCACCCGGCACCCUGCGCUCGCUGGCCAAGCUGCGCAUCCUCUAUGUGAAUGCUAAUGAGAUCAGCCGCCUGAGUUCUACCACCUUCACUGGUCUGGGCAGCCUGGUCAAGCUGCGGCUGGAUGGCAAUGUGCUGGGAUCACUGGGUGAAGCCACCUUCUCGGGGCUGCCCAACCUACUCUACCUUCACUUGGAAUCCAACCAUAUACGGUGGCUGAGUCGUGGAACCUUUGUUGGCCUCACCAAGCUGCGCUUCCUCGACCUGUCCAGCAACCAACAGAGCUCACUGCGUUACCCAGACACAUUUGGGCCACUGCGUUCACUCAGUACCUUGCUUCUCUCCAGCAACAACCUGCAGCAGCUAGGUGGGGGCCUCUUUCAGCAUUUGCCAGGCCUUGCCAAGCUCUCACUCAGCAGCAAUCGGCUAGUUCAGCUGGCGCCAGAUGCCUUUGCUGGGCUGGGGCUACUGAAGGAGCUGCAGCUGGAUGGGAACUUGCUGAGCCACCUGCCUGCCACCUUGUUGGAGCCGCUGCACAGUCUGGAGGUGCUGGACCUGAGCCGCAACGUGCUGGCUGCUCUGCAUCCUGCUGCCUUUGGCCACCUGCCCAAGCUGCGUGAGCUCAGUUUGCGUGACAAUGCUCUGGCUGCACUGCCUGGGGAGCUCUUCACCUCAAGCCUGGCUCUCCAGCGCCUGGAGCUGGAUGGCAAUGCCUGGAGAUGCGACUGCCACCUGUGGGGCCUGAAGCACUGGCUGGGCACCUGGCACUCACAGGGCCGACUGCUCACCGUCUUUGUGCAGUGCCGCUUGCCACCUGCCCUGGCUGGCAAGUACCUUGAUUACCUUCAGGAUGCGCAGCUGCUGCCACCUGAUGGCACCACCUGCCAUGACUGGGCUUCCCUGUCUCCCUCCCUGCCACCUGCAAUAGGGCAGUGGCCCAGGGAGCAACAGUGGCAGCCGAUCACAGUCCCUGAGAGGUUCAGGGGCAACAGCAGUCACAGCCCAGUUCGAUUGGGACCCGACUCCCUGCCCUCCGCCUCCACCAUGCAUUUUCUGGAUACUCAGGAGGGGCCUGCACCAGCCCGAGGCAGUGGGAGAGCCAAGCCCACCCCUACAGCCUCCCUAACCAAUCUGCUGGACGGCUCCAAACCACACCAUCCUCUGGCUGGCCUUGAAACAGUGAGCACCAGCUCAGUGACUGUGCAUUGGGGAGUUCGGCCCCACCGCAGUCCCCGCCUGCUGGGACCUGUGCGCUUCAGGCUUCUUUUUGACCGCUUUGGGGCCACUGUCAAGUUCCAGCGCUUCGUGUACUUGGCAGAACAUAGCGCACCAUCUGCCACUUUGCAGGAGCUGCACCCUGAUACCCCUUAUCUGGUACAGGUUUACCUUUCACCGGUCAAACAAAUAACCCAGAUUGCUGAUAUGAUACAAGAAGUAUGUUUGAAGUUUAUUGAACGCUGA